GUGUGGGUUUCCUGUUCCUUGUUUCAAAAAGAAUGGCGGGGGUUGCUUUAGAAGACGAGCUGAGCUGCUCCAUCUGCCUGAACCUUUAUACGGAGCCGGUGUCACUGAGAUGUGGACACAACUUCUGCCGGGAUUGUAUUGUGACUGUUCUGGAUACACAGGAGGGGUCCGGAGUUUAUUCCUGUCCGGAGUGCAGAGAUGAGUAUGUAGAGCGCCCCACUCUGGAGAAGAACAGGAAGCUGUGUAACAUUGUGGAGAAUUUCAGAUCUACACAACAAAAGGAGGAGAAAAGUGAGAUCCUCUGUACAUAUUGUGUGGAUUCUCCGGCAGUUGCUGUGAAGACUUGUCUGCAAUGUGAGACUUCUAUGUGUGAUAAACACCUGACAGCCCACAACAAGGCGGUGGAGCAUGUGUUGAUAGAACCCACCUCGUCCUUCAGUAGUAAAAAAUGCUCCAUCCACAAGAAGCUUCUGGAGUAUUACUGCGCCGAGGACGCCGUCUGUCUAUGUGUGUCCUGCUGUCUGGUGGGGAAACAUAAAGGACAUGAAGUGGAACUUCUAGAAGAGGCUUUGGGGAAGAAGAAGGAGAAACUGAGAAAUGUUCUAGAAAAUUUGACCACAAUAAAAGAUACAACUGAGAAAAAAAUUCAGAAUCUACAGGAACACGAGAAAAAAGCACAAGAAAAAGCCGAUGAUGAGAAGAAGAGAGUCGCUGCCCUGUUUGAGGAUAUCAGGAGACAGCUGGAGGUCCAGGAACAGAGAGUCCUGAGUGAGAUCUCCAGACAGGUAGAGGAGGUCUCAUUAUCCAUCAAUGAUCUCCUCAAACAGUUGGAGAUACAGAAGGACGAGCUGUCCAGGAAAAUCGCUCACAUAGAUAAGCUGUGUAACUUGACCGACCCAAUAACUGUCCUACAAGAUCAGGAAUCGGACACGGGUGACCAGAGUCUGGAGGAAUCUUCUGUUCGUGAUCUGGAUUACGUUCUGAUCUCAUUCGUGUUACACAGAUCUAUAACUGGUCUCAUCUCUAACCUGGCUUCAAAAGUUGCCUUUCGUGAACAAGAGGUGACAGAUUUGUUGCUGGAUGUAAAAACUGCAAACAAUUUUGUGGCUUUAACCGAAAACCUGAAAGAAGCAUCGAAGUCUAAAACAAGUCAGAACAGACCAAAAUUACCUGAAAGAUUUACAAAAUUCUACCAAGUAUUGAGCACCGAAACCUUUUCCUCUGGGCGGCAUUACUGGGAAGUAGAGGCCAGUGACAGCGGUAACUGGGAUAUCGGCAUUUGCUACCCCAGUAUAGGAAGAGAAGGAACUACAUCUAGCGUUGGAGAUAAUGAGAAGUCUUGGAGUUUCCGCAUGGAGAAUCAAAACUAUUCAGCUUUACACAAUUCACAGAUACAGGAGUUGAACCCUGGGUCUGCGGUGCAGAGAUUGGCAGUAGAUCUGGAUUAUGAAGGCGGCCGUCUGUCCUUCUACCAGCUCUGCGACACCAUCAGACACCUCCACACCUUCACCACCACCUUCACCGAACCCCUCCAUGCUGUCUUCUAUGUGAAUUACGGAGCCUGGGUGAAGCUGGUAUCUCCGGUGUUUUCUAUCAAACCAUAAUUUAUGAAAUUUCCUAUAUUUUACAGUGUUAUCCAAAAAAAAAAGAAAGAAGGGGGGUAGGUGAUUAAAGAUCUUGACUGUAGCGACAA